UGUAUACAAACUUCAUUCACUAUUCUCCUAAUAAUGCUAAUCAGAAUCCCUUUAGUUUCUUGUUUCUUUGUUUUUGGGCAGGUUGGUUUGCAUCACGAAGCUAAGGACUUCACUCUCCCUCGUGGUAAUUAAGGAAUCAAUAUUAUUGAUAUCAGAAGCAGCUAAACAAGCAAAAGCUAUGGAUGCAAAAUUAGAUGCGGAGAAGGCUCCUGAAGAAUUAAAUACCAUCAAGAUUGCCGCAAAUGAGAAUGUGGAGAAUGGCAUCGUGAUUGCCUCGGCGGAAUCAGAUGCCAAUAUUUCCUCCGAUGAGAAGAAAUGGCAGGCAACAUAUAAAAGAGAUAUUGAUUCUACUAAACUGUUGCUUGGGGUUGAGCUGCCAAUAUUGGAAGAAAAUAUUCAACUUCCAAGUAAUAGGUCCAAGAUCCAAAAGGUUCCCGCCUUGUUGCUUCGAAAUUCCAACUUUGAAAGGUACUGUUCACCCAAAAUGAUCUCAUUUGGUCCCAUUCAUCACCGUGGGCAUACGCAUGAUCUCCGGCUUGGACAACAAUUCAAAUACAUUUGGGCAUUCCGUUAUAUUGAGAAAUUCGCCAGUGAACGACGUGGACUAGACAAUGAAGGUGCAAAAAGGUUUCUCUAUGGUAAGGUAACACAAAACCUUCAGGAAUUGAGAAAUCUGUUCUGUAAGGACGUGACUAAAGGGUACAAGGAAGAGGAACUAGCAAAGAUGCUGUUUGUGGAUGGAUGUGCUUUGCUCUAUUUCAUGGACAAUUUUGAUGAUCGAAAUCCAAAAUCGUUGCUGCUAAAACUUGACCAGUUGUUGUAUGUAUGGAGAGAUAUUAUCUUGUUGGAAAAUCAACUUCCAAUAAUGUUGUUGAAGUUACUAAUGGCUGAUGGUGCUCAUCAAUUGAACAAGUUACUGUUCAAUUUUCUAUCCAUGGGCCAACCAAAGAAGAAAAAAGAGUUGACCAUUCCCCAAAAACAAGAUGGUGAAGAAUCAACUCAUACUCAUCUACUCGACUAUAUUCGCUAUUAUUACUCUGAAGGUGAAUACAAACAUAACAUAGGCUGCUGGUCGGGUCUUCUAGGUUUCCUAUCAAUACUCCAUUAUACCUUUGUUGCAUUAGUAUUGCAAGAUACAGAUAAAGCAGAGCGUGUUUUAUCAGAUUCACCCAUAAUAUUAAGAGAGUUAAUUCUACCUCUCCGAGAAGCAGAUUCCUGGCAUAGAUAUAAGAACAUAGGGGAUCUUAAAAAAGCGGGUAUUCGAGUGAAAGCAAGCCAAGCUGAAUGGAAAUGGGGUAACAUUUCUUUCAUCUCCAACACGUUUAGCGGACAAUUGAUGCUUCCAGGGAUUGUGAUUGAUGAUGUCACACCUUAUCUGUAUCACAACUUGAUUGCAUAUGAGAUGUGUCCGGAUUUUGAUAACAACUUCGAAUUUUGCUCUUACUUUUCUUUGAUGGAUUCCUUGGUUGAUGAUGCCGAGGAUGUGAAAGAGCUCAGAGCAGCUGGUGUCCUCCAAAAUUUACUUGGAAGUGAUGAAGACGUGGCCAAACUCUUCAAUGAACUAGGCCAUGUAUUGCCAAGCAAACUGUUCAACGCCGAAAGCUAUGACAAUAGAUAUGUUGCAGUCAAGCUUCGAAUCGAUGCGCAUUACAGAAACAAAUGGAAGACUUCGUUGGCUCAACUACGCAGCACCUACUUCAAUACCCCAUGGUCUCACAUUGCCUUCUUUGCUGCUUUGUUAGUAUUGGCUCUCACUUUAAUCCAAACAUGGUAUGCUAUGCCUAUAAAUUCUAAGUAGUAAGGUCAGAUAUAAAGCGAACUCACCAGAAUAAGUAAGGUUUAAUCUUUAUAUGUAGGUAGCAGGUGGUUUCAUCUCUUAUGAUACGAGCUUUGUGGAACAAACUCAAAGUUGUCAUGUAUCAAUUGGUCUAAUUAUUACAAGAGCACAUCUAAGAAUAAAAGAAGGUUUUAUAAAUAUCGUUAAAUCAUUUGUUCAAGAUGUGUAUUAAGAAUUGGCCAAAUCAAUGAUU